AUCUCACACAGUGCGUGAUUUUUGCCAAUAAUCGUGAUCCACCUCCUCGUGGGCUUUGGAGCGUCGUUUACAAAUGGAAAUCCGGUACGUGAGAGGGACAGAACAUGUAGCCAAUGAGCCUUGGAGCAUUAAUGGGUGUGGUGAGGCCGCUGCCAGGUUUAGGGCGGAAGGAGUUCGGGAUAAGAAGGGGAACGAAAGAUGGCGGCAGAAACGCUGCUGUCCAGGCUGUUGGGGCUGCUGCUCUUGGGGUUCCUGUUACCUGCAAGUCUCGCUGGCGGUGUCGGGAGCCUGAACCUGGAAGAGCUGAGUGAGAUGCGUUAUGGGAUUGAGAUCCUGCCGUUGCCUGUCAUGGGAGGGCAGAGCCAAGCUUCAGACGUGGUGAUUGUCUCCUCUAAGUACAAACAGCGCUAUGAAUGUCGCCUCCCAGCUGGAGCUAUUCACUUCCAGCGUGAAAGAGAGGAGGAGGCCCCUGCUUACCAAGGGCCUGGGAUCCCUGAGUUGUUGAACCCAAUGAAAGAUGCUCCCUGCCUGCUGAAGACCAAGGACUGGUGGACAUAUGAAUUUUGUUAUGGACGCCACAUCCAGCAAUAUCACAUGGAAGAUUCAGAGAUCAAAGGUGAAGUCCUCUAUCUCGGCUACUACCAAUCGGCUUUCGACUGGGAUGAUGAAACAGCCAAGGCCUCCAAGCAGCAUCGCCUGAAACGCUACCACAGCCAGACCUAUGUCAAUGGGUCCAAGUGCGACCUCAAUGGGAGGCCCCGGGAGGCCGAGGUUCGGUUCCUCUGUGACGAAGGUGCUGGUAUUUCCGGGGACUACAUCGAUCGUGUGGAUGAGCCCUUGUCCUGCUCCUAUGUACUGACCAUUCGGACUCCGCGGCUCUGCCCCCACCCUCUCCUCCGGCCUGCACCCAGUGCUGCUCCCCAGGCCAUUCUCUGUCACCCCACCCUGCAGCUGGAAGAGUACAUGGCUUACAUCCAGAGGCAAGCUGACUCAAAGCAGUAUGGAGAUAAAAUCAUAGAGGAACUACAAGACCUAGACCCUCAAAUGUGGAGCAAGACCAAGCCUGACGUACCCACAAAGAGAGCAGGUGCAAUCCCAACCAAGGAUGACAAUAAGGAAUCAGAUUUCUGGAAGAUGAUUCAUGAGCCAGAGGACCGGGCCCCAGGAGGGGAGGGGGUACAGGUUGAGGAGCAGGAACCAGAUAUUGAGCCAGCAGAUCCAGCUUCAGGUUCUCCUGGUGAUUUUCAGAACAAUGUCCAGGUCAAAGUCAUUCGGAGUCCUGCAGACUUGAUUCGAUUGAUUGAGGAGCUGAAAGGUGGAACACAAAAGGGGAAGCCAAAUGCAGGCCAGGAACAACCUACGGACAAUGCUGCAGAAGUCCCUCACAGGGAAGCAGAAGUGAAGGAAAAGGGUGACACAGAACAUCAGAAUGAGGUGGAAGAAGAGGAGGACGAUGAGGAUGAAGACGAAGAUGAGGAUGAACGUCAGUUACUGGGAGAAUUUGAGAAGGAAUUGGAAGGGAUGCUGCUCCCAUCAGACCGAGAGCGGCUCCGUUCAGAGGUGAAGGCUGGCAUGGAGCGGGAGCUGGAGAACAUCAUCCAGGAGACUGAGAAGGAGCUGGACCCAGAUGGGCUGAAGAAGGAGUCGGAGCGUGAUCGUGCUAUGCUGGCUCUGACAUCCACUCUCAACAAACUCAUCAAAAGGCUGGAGGAAAAGCAGAGUCCAGAGCUGGUGAAGAAACACAGGAGGAGGGUUGUCCCCAGAAAGCCUCCGCCUGCCCCCCGACCAGCAGAGGAGGAUCCUGAGCACAGAGUCCGGGUCCGGGUCACCAAGCUCCAUCACGGAGGCCCCAAUCAGGAUCUGACAGUCCUCGAGAUGAAACGGGAAAACCCACAGCUGAAACAAAUCGAGGGGCUGGUGAAAGAGCUGCUGGAGAGGGAGGGACUCACAGCCGAAGGGAAAAUUGAGAUUAAAAUUGUCCGACCAGGGGCUGAAGGGACUGAGGAGGACACACGUUGGCUGACUGAUGAGGACACGAAAAACCUCAAGGAGAUUUUCUUCAAUAUCUUGGUGCAGGGAGCUGAAGAGGCGCAGAAGGAGCAGCAGCGGCAGAAAGAUCUGGAGAGCAAUUACCGCCGGGUGUGGGGCCCUCGAGGCGGGGAAGGCACUGGGGACCUGGAUGAGUUUGACUUCUGAGAUCACCACUACCAUCAACUGAGUUCGCCAAGGAAUCCAGAGUCUUCCUAGGCUUGCCCUGCUGCCUCCCUACCCAUCUCCUACUCCCUGGGACCCUGAAGACAAAACAACAGAGUAGAGCUGAGCUGUGGACUUCUAGGGGCCCAGCUGGAGGUGUGGAGGGGCCAUGGGGCGAGUGCUGCUGCUACUGCUGAGAGCUGCCCUGAAGACCACCCAGGCCUGUGAGUUUUGCUCUCCCAGGCUUCUUUCUCCCUAUGUCCCUUUCUUGCCUCCCCAACUUUCCCUUUAUGUUCCCCAACUAGUUUCCUUUCCCCUCCCUAACUAAAGAGUCAGUAAGACCUUUGGAGCGGAGUAGAGCAGGGGAAGCAAGAAACAUGAGCUGUGCAGCAGCCCCUAAGAGGCAGGUCCCCGCUCCCGCCCCUGCCGCUGUUCAGAGUCACCUACCCCCUUCUCUUGCAUUGGUUUGGGAUUUCCUGCUUUUUCCCCUUUCCACACUGUUCCCUACAAUCUGUGCUUCUGAGUUGAGGAACCGUCCUCUGUUGCCGAGGAAAUGGGAGAAAGUUGCCCAUCACCUCUGACACAAUCCAGUGAAAGGGUGGGGUACAGACUCACCCACCAUGUUCUUGAACAAUCAGGUUUCUAAAUAAAAAACUGGACCAUUGCUCCAUCA